AUGUCGAACUUCCCGGGCAGCGACCCGUCGCGGCGUCAAUCAAUACCGCUGCAGAAUAUGGACGGCUCCCCCUAUACGGACUACCAAUCUGAUGGGUUAGGCCAAGGGCAACCACAGCAAUCCCAAUCUGCUUCGCGGACUGAGGCCCAGAUGGCAGCCAACCUGUCGGGCAUCUCGACCUACUGGGAGCAACCAUAUCACACCCAAUCCGACGGCGAGAUGAGCCCCCAUUCGCCAAUAGACAUGAUGGCUCUGCAAGCAGCUUUGCCGCCAGAUAUCCAUCACCCCGGGCUUGCGACAGCUGGCGCCUCCAUCAACACGUUUGAUCCUCCUCAUCCAUAUGUCGAAGAUGCCACGGGAGCAGACUAUGUCGAGUCCGAUAGGGUCCCUCUUACAUCCGGUGCCCAGCCCAUCUCCGGCUCCCUCACACCAAACCGCCACAACGAUCGAUCUCGAGAUAGCUUCCAGACAGUUUCCAGCGUCGACAACAGCCCAGCUCGAAACCGCGAUACUGGGAGAAGCUUGGGGCAGGACCUCAGCGCCAACUUUGGGAGUCCCCGUCACCGCAGCUAUGGUGCCUCUCUCAACCCUCACGAAUACAGACGAUCCAGGUCUCCGACGGGGGCUUUAUCGCGUGCUGGGUCAAUCGUCCGAGCGAUGUCACAGCGAGUUGUCAACCUCAGCGGAGAAAACGAAAUCGUGGACAAUCGGGCCUCACGUCAUCGCUCACAGUCUCCCCAUGCAUUCGACCGAAAUACUUCCCGUGAUACUGCAGCUUCAAUGCUCGUGGACACUUCAUACCAGCCACAGGUAGUUCAUCCUUCCGCGGAGAAGACGGGGGAACCUCGAUACUUGAUCACUGAAUCCGCCGCCUCAACCGCCCCUCGACCACCUCUCCCGAACCCUCUUAAGGGAAAGUCCCUGGGCAUCUUCGCUCCUGAUAACUUUCUGAGACGCCGCCUUUGUGACCUCCUUGUCAACCCUUACACGGAGCCAUUCCUUCUCCUCUUAAUCGUGCUUCAGACGAUCCUCCUUGCAGUAGAUGCUGCCCCUCCUAUUUCCGCUGAUGGACAGGGGCGCCCAGAACACUGGAAAGGAAGCGCUAUUGAUUGGGCCAUGCUGGUGCUCUUUAUUAUAUUCUCAUUUGAGCUGGUAUCACGAAUCAUUGUGUCUGGGUUUAUUCUGAAUGCUGCGGAAUUCAGCACUAUUGAUCGGAAACGUGGAAUCCGCGCUGCGGUUGCAGACCAAUACAGAGUUAUCUUCCAACCCGAGCGGCAAAAGUCAGUCAAGAACAAACACCAGUUCCAGGCAGAACCUUCAACAAUUGCUCGCUCGUUCACGACAUUUAUGCAGGGGCAGCAAGCUAUGCCGCAGACCCUUGAGGAACAGCAAAGGUUUCAGCUCGCUCGGCGAGCCUUUCUUCGACAUUCCUUUAAUCGAAUUGACUUUGUCGCAGUGGUUUCAUUUUGGAUCAUGUUCAUUCUGAGCGCCACUGGCCUGGAGACCAAGCAUCAUCUCUAUGUUUUUAGAAUGAUGAGCUGCCUUCGUAUUUUGAGACUGUUGGCACUGACCAAUGGCACCGCGAUCAUCCUCAGAAGUCUCAAGAAAGCAGCGCCGCUUCUGGUGCGCGUUGCCUUUCUUCUUUCAUUUUUCUGGCUACUCUUCGCUAUUAUUGGAGUACAGAGCUUCAAAGCUAGCUUAAGACGCCAGUGCGUUUGGUUGGAUCCUCUCGAUCCCACGAACAUCGACGCUUCGUACACCGUCAGCGAGUCAUUCUGCGGUGGUUUUUUGGACAACGACACAGGAAAAUCCAUGCCAUGGGUUAUGUUUAGUUCUCCCAACUCAUUGGUCAAUCUUAUAGACGGAUCGACUGAGGGAAAGGGCUCCCUUUGCCCCCGAGGUUCCAUCUGUCUUCAACAAACGAACCCUUUUGGUGGAACUGUCAACUUCGACAACAUUUUUAACUCGCUGGAGCUGGUGUUCGUCAUCAUGAGUGCCAAUACCUUCUCCGACCUCAUGUACUACACAAUGGGCUCGGACUACUCCCAAGCCGCCCUUUUCUUUGGUGCUGGUAUUAUGAUCAUGAUGCUUUGGUUGACCAAUUUGGUCAUUGCGGUCAUCACCUCCUCCUUCCAAGUCAUACGAGAAGAGAGCAAAGCAAGUGCUUUCACAGUUGACCAGGAGCCAUUCUCCCAGCCUCGAGCCGAAGAACGACUUCGACGUGCGCCCUUACAGCGCGUCUAUGAUCGGACAGCGCCAAUAUGGGUCGUCAUCAUUGCCUUCGGACUCCUCUGCCAAGCUUGUCGCAGUUCUACGAUGUCGGAGUCGCGGGGAAACUUCAUUGACACCGCUGAAGUCGUUGUGACCAUUUUGCUCGACAUCGAAAUGAUCAUCCGCAUUAUCACCGACUGGCAUCACUUCCACAACAGCUGGCGCAACAUCCUGGACCUGGUAUUAGCGGUCAUCACAUCAAUCAUCCUUAUUCCCCCUAUCCGUGGUACUCGGGCCUACGACUGGCUGACAAUCUUCCAAAUUGUGCGGGUUUACCGAGUCGUUUUGGCAAUCCCUGUCACCCGUCAACUCAUUGAACUUGUUCUGGGUAACGCCACUGGUAUCGCCAACCUGAUGUUUUUCGUCUUCCUGAUGACUUUUAUGAUGGCGAUAUUCGCAGUCCAAUUGUUCAGGGGUGAGAUCCCUGUCCAUGACGACGGCGAAUUGAAUCGCAUCUCGUUUUACCAGAUCUUCAACUCCUUUAUGGGUAUGUAUCAAGUUCUGAGCAGUGAGAACUGGACAGAAAUUCUGUAUACUGUCACCUCCUACACUCGACCGUUCAACACAUCAUGGAUCGGCGCAGUCCUGCUGAUAGGGUGGUUCAUUGUCGCGUUCUUCAUUCUGGUCAACAUGUUCAUUGCUGUCAUCCAGGAGAACUUUGACGUAUCGGAAGACGAGAAACGGCUCCAGCAAGUUAAGGCAUUCCUUCAAAGGAGAGACCUUGGAACUCCUUCGAGCCACCUAGCGCUCUCUACUAUCUUCACCUUUGGGAAGUCUAGACGACAUAAAGACCCGCUCGAUUACGGACCCGCAACAAUGGAAAUGCUCCUCAAGGACGCCGUCGUUCGCGAGUUCCUUGAUGAUAAGAUGGAUACUAUUAAUGAAGAGCCUGACCCGCGCCGUCCGCUUCCUAGGAGCACCACCACUUUAUUAGGCAAUGAUGUCAAGCCUGGAUUCAUGUCAGGCGUCUGGGGAAAUAUUGUGAAACGGCUAACUCACCGAGAGCCAAAUCCUUUCUACUCAAAUCUUCGGUUUGAUAGUCCAAAUGAUACCCAGGAUCCACGACAGAUGGCUCAACAAGCUGUGUCUGCUACAUCGGCUCGGCGAAGAGCCCAGAGAGAAUACCUCGCCCGAUAUCCGACCUACAACAAUUCCCUCUACAUUUUCAAGCCGGACAAUCAAAUCCGAAAACUCUGUCAGCGAGUGGUCGGCCCAGCCCGAGGCCCUGAACGGUUCGAUGGCCUUGAACCAAAUAGGGUGGCUUGGUAUACAUUCACGAUAUUUAUCUACGCCUGCAUUGUGGCCAUGGUGGUUCUUGCCUGUGUCACUACGCCCCUUUAUCAGAAGGAAUAUCAAGAGCAGCAUGAAUUCAGUAUCCAAAACUGGUACAUCUGGACCGAUAUGGCCUUUGCUGUCAUUUUCACAAUCGAGGCGGGGAUCAAGACAAUUGCAGACGGGCUGAUCUGGACACCGAAUGCCUUCCUCCGGAGUUCUUGGGGGCUCAUGGAUGCCGUUGUGUUGAUCACACUUUGGAUCAACGUGGUUACGCUCUUGAUCAACGACGGCGCCAUUUCUAGAGCCAUCGGCGCGUUCAAGGCUCUUCGAGCUCUGCGCCUCUUGAAUGUCAGCAAUAGUGCAAGAAAUACAUUCCAUGAUUUGAUUAUCGUCGGAUGGUGGAAAAUUCUUGGUGCUGCUUUUGUCUCAUUGUCUCUCCUGAUCCCAUUUGCAAUUUAUGGUCUGAACCUAUUCAAUGGUCUGAUGCUGAACUGCAACGAUGGCGGUGAUGGUAUUAGUACCAUGUCGGACUGCUUUGGCGAGUACGACAGCACGCCAUUCAGCGACGACUGGCCGAUGCUAGCUCCUCGAGUUGCGACAAAUCCGUACUUCAACUUCGAUGACUUUGGAUCAUCACUUUUCAUUCUCUUUCAAAUUGUCAGUCAAGAAGGUUGGACUGAUGUGUCUUUUGCCUCCCAAGCAAUCACUGGGCGUAACCAGCAGCCCUCGGAUCUUGCAUCCCAAGGCAACGCUCUUUUCUUCGUUGCCUUUAACCUGUUGGCGACUGUCUUCGUGCUUACUCUCUUCAUUUCCGUCUUCAUGCGCAACUACACGGAGCAAACGGGAGUUGCCUUUCUCACGGCAGAGCAACGAUCAUGGUUAGAGCUGCGAAAGAUCUUGCGGCAGAUCUCACCUUCCAAGAGCUCGUAUGAUGACUCAGAGAAGAGUUGGAAAAAAUGGUGCCACAAGCGAGCCAUCGAGAAGCGAGGCAAGUGGUAUCAAACAAUCACUGUCGUCCUUGUCCUGCAUUUAGGUGUAUUGGUAUCGGAAUUCAGCGACGAGCCAGCUUGGUGGACCAGUACUCGAGACUUUGUCUUCUUCGCCUUCAUCCUGAUUUACAUGACGAACAUCGCCAUCCGCAUCCUUGGUCUUGGGUGGGCUCGUUUCCGCCGAAGUUCGUGGGACAUCUACUCGCUCUUGAUUGUCGGGGGGGCUUUCAUUGCAACCCUCAGUCUCCUUAUCUCUAGCACCAACAUCGAAGUAUAUGUGCAGCUGCACAAGGUCUUCCUCGUGGGCAUCGUCCUGCUUCUCAUUCCCCGCAAUGAUGCGCUUGAUCAACUUUUCAAGACUGCUGCGGCCAGUCUGACGGUGAUUGGCAAUUUGCUAGCGACAUGGCUAGUGGUUUUCCUAGUCUUUGCUAUCGCUUUGACCCAGGCAUUUAGUCUAACACGGUUCGGCGGGAGCGAAACAAACGAUGUCAACUUUCGAACCGUCCCGAAGGCCUUGAUCUUACUCUUCAGGAUGAGUCUCGGCGAAGGCUGGAAUCAAGUCAUGGAAGAUUAUGCCAACAUCGAACCUCCUCUCUGCGUUGAAGAGUCAAGGUUCUUUGACAGUGACUGUGGAAGCAAGUCAUGGGCAAGGUUCCUGUUCAUUGCAUGGAACAUUGUCAGUAUGUAUAUUUUCGUCAAUCUCUUCGUGUCGUUGAUCUACGAGAGCUUCAGUUACGUGUAUCAGCGCUCGAGUGGCAUGGCCGUGGUCGACCGAGAUGAGAUUCGACGAUUCAAAGAAGCCUGGCGGAGCGUGGACCCGGCUGGCACUGGUUACAUCACCAAAGAAGCAUUCCCACGAUUGUUGGGCGAACUAUCAGGAGUAUUUCAGAUGCGCAUCUAUGAUUCUGAUGACUCAGUUCGAUCGAUUCUUGAGGACGUUCAGAACGACGCCAAGACGUCCCGGCAUAUGUCUAUCGGGACGACAACUGCAUUCGCCGGAGUGGACCUUGACAAGCUCAAUCAGAGAAUUGCCGAGUUGGAUGUGGUGAAGAUCCGCGAACGGCGGCGUCGGUUCAACGUCUUCUAUGAGGAGAUCAUGGUGUCUGCGGACCCAGACCGGGGUAUUUCCUUCACGACUGUACUAAUGAUUCUAGCGCACUACAACAUCAUCAGUGAUAACAAAAGCUUGAAAUUAGAAGAGUUCUUGAGGCGCCGGGCACGACUUCAACGCGUUGAAGAGCAAGUUCGCCGCCGCAUUGUCCUCGGUUUCUUUGACACCUUGUACUGGUCGAGGAAGUUCAAACAACACUUGCAAAUGAAGCAGGCGUCUCGAAUGACGGCAAUUCCACAUUUGGAUAUCCCUGAUAUCCUAGUUGAGGAUGAUGAGAGUCAAGAUGGAAUAACUGGCGGAGCAGCGCCUCGAUCACCAAUUGGGCCUUCGUCAGCUCGUUCGAGCGUCGAUGGCGGGCAACACCAGAGUUGGUUCGGGGCUACAGAUUUGUCCUUGCACGACACAGCAUGGCACCAUCCACUAAGCUUUCCCCGGGGUGCACCACCAUCAACAUCCCACCAUGCAACACCGUCGGCCUUUAGUUUUGAGCUCCAGGACCCAGAUGAGCACGAGCACUCGACGGCGGUGGACAAUACGGAACCGACGACUGCUGUAAGUCCGUCGCAAGUCCAGGGAAUGCUUGACGACUCUGUGUGGGUGGAGAGCAUCCGACGAAGUGCGACGGUCCGGCGAUCACAGCAGACGGGCCAGUAUCGAUAUGGGGAUCUGGAGUAA